GUGUCGCAACUCGCGAGUGUUAGUGGAUAGACUACUAGGUAGCUAGCAAAAUGACAUGUUGAUAGCAACCCAGCCGUUCAAGUUGGGUAAUGUCGAGUGCAAAGAUAACUGCAACGAUUUGAGUACAUCCGUAGCGUGUCCGAUAACAAUUGUUUUGCGUAAUUAUUGUUGAUGGGGAAACAAUUUGUCGUUUAUGUGCCUGAACGUCAGAUGUGAUGUCACGGUUAGCAGCCUGUCUCUUAGCAUUGUGGGAACGUAAGCUGCAAACAACCGGGCUUGUUUGUAGUGUUAUGAGUUUUCCAUAGCCAAUGAAACGGCCUUGCUCGAAGUAGUCGAAGAGACUCACGUUUUCAAGAUUGCACACGGAUAUCGGUCUUGUCAUCAGAACAGUUUCGAGAGAGGAGUGUUUACGUCUCCCCUGUGAGGAAGUGGGAUGUGGCCAGUCUGUAUUAAUGUUGCUGAAGAAGAUAAUGGAAAUCAUUGUAGCGGUGGUACUGGAGCCUCGCUACAUUGUAGGCUAAAUAUUAGGUUAGAGUUGGUGCUUAACGCGAGCCAAUUUCACGAAUUCGAUGAAGACUUCCCUCGUUGUUCGAAAUCGUGCGGGGGUCGUUCUGAUUAUAUAAUAUCAAACAUGUGAAUUAUAGCUUACCUAUUUUUUAUUUUUUAAAGCCAUUAAAUCGCUAAUGUCAAAUCAACAACAGAUAAUGGACUCAUCUUUAGCUUUGGGAAGACUGGAAAUCAAUAGCCCUAUGGUUAACCUGGGUGUUUGCCUCUCCGGCUCGGUGAAGGAAAAGAACGCUCAGGGAGGAUCGCAAGCGCACCUGAACGGAUGUGUGCCGCUCUCUCAUCAGGUGGCCGGUCAUAAGUAUGGCGUUGAUAAAGUAGGUAUAUUGCAACAUCCUGAUGGGACAGUACUCAAACAGCUCCAGCCUCCCCCCAGAGGUCCCAGGGAGAUGCAGUUCUACAGCAUGGUAUAUGCUGAUGACUGCAGCGACCCCUGUCUGAUGGACCUCCAGCAUCACCUUCCCAAAUAUUUUGGCACCUGGUCCUCGCCUGAAUCUCCUAAUGAGCUGUAUCUGAAACUGGAGGAUGUGACACGGCGGUUCCAGAAGCCCUGUAUUAUGGAUGUGAAAAUUGGACAGAAAAGCUACGACCCCUACGCCUCCCAAGAGAAGCGGGACCAGCAGAUCAAGAAGUACCCUCUCAUGGAGGAGAUUGGCUUUCUAGUUCUUGGAAUGAGGGUGUAUAAGGUGAGGUCUGAUGACUAUGUCUCGUAUGAUCAACAUUAUGGACGAGGCCUUCUCAAGGACACCAUCAGAGACGGUUUAUCCAAAUUCUUCUACAAUGGGACAAGUCUGAGAAAAGAUGCCAUCACUGCCAGUAUACUGAAGGUCCAGAACAUCCUGCGAUGGUUUGAGGGCCAGAGCCAGUUGACCUUCUAUGCUAGCUCUCUGUUGUUCGUGUACGAAGGCCUGCCGCCUCCCAGUCCCGAGGGCCAGCUCCUCAGGGGCCUCCCAGAGACCACCAGACCUGCCGAUGACACCUGCUACGAGCCUAAUGAGGAAGCACUGGAACACAACAACAACGUCCGCGUCGCCGUGCCUCUCGACUACAGCCUCUCCACGAUGUACGCCAUGCACAGGAAGGGCUGCACCCGGGGUCACCACGGCAACGUCACCGCCACCGGCGGCACGGCCACAGACCCUAACCCCCGAGAGGACAAUAACACGUGGACGUGCCCCGGUUUGGUGUCGGCGGAGCAGCCCAACGGCAACAGUGUCAAAGCCCAACUGGAAGAAGAGGUGGACGUGGGGGACAGAGGCUGGGGGGUGCCGCGUCCAGAGACGAGGGCCAGUGAUGUGGAGGUGAGGAUGAUUGACUUUGCCCACGUCUUCCCCAGUGAAAGCCAGGACCAAGGCUACAUCUACGGCCUGAAACACUUGCUGGAGGUGCUGCAGCAGAUCCUUCACCAAUAACCUUCUUCUAGUGGUUUUUCUUGUCUUUCAUUAGUCAAGUGUACCCAUAUGUGUUACAGUGUGAAAGGAGUUGUUGUAGCCCCCCCCCCCGUCUGGUCCCCUUGCCCCGUAAAACUCUGCACUAUAUGCACUAUCGAUGAAGUCAUUUCUCCACAACUCUUUGUCCGAUGUCUGUGCUUCUUGUUUUUAACCACUGUUAACAGGUAUCUAACUCAGGUAAAAUACUGUAAUACGCAAAGGAUUACCCCUAAAGAGUACCGUCGUUUUGUUGGCUUGCUAAUCUUAUGUUUUAUAUAAUUUCCCUACGCGUAUGUCUUUGUUUUAUUGCUGAUCCUUUUGUCUUAAAUUCUCCCGGAAAGUUGCCGUAAUUAUUUUUUAUCAAUUGUUUGGCCCACACUAAAUUGCGUUCUACUGGUGCCGUCUUUUUAUUGUAAUAAAAGGCUGGACCGUCUCUUAUUGGCUCACAUUUCUGCAUGUUGGACUUUAUCCCUUUGCUGAACCCAGUCAAUUGGACAACAAAUAUGAGACACUGUUCAAAGCUUGCCUCUUUUACUUGCCAUAUUUUAUGUAGUUUCUUGGAAUUUAUAAUAUUUUAACAGCAAAGUUUACGUUUUAUAAUUGAUGCUCUUUAGCCGUGUAUUUUGCUGCCAAAUUGCCUUGUUUGUAAUUGAAUUUAAACAAAAUAUUAAUCCCAAAAGCCAAUUACAAAAAUCUCCCUUAAUUGCCGCAGGUCCUACAUUAAGUUUCAAUACCAACAUGACCCCCGAAAUAUAAAUCCGGAUGCAUGCACCUCCAAAACUACGAUUUGUUCAAAUGAUAGGUGACCAAAUCUGCUCACCCAAAUAAAGUUCCUUGUAAAUGAUCAGAUCCCAUUCUGUUGACGGACGCUGCACAGUUCAUGUAGCGGAGCGACUAAGAUGACACGCAGUGUCCCCCCUCUGCCCGCUUGUACACUCUGUAUCAUGGUCUAUUUAGAAAUGCAAUACGCCGCUGUGAUCACAAUUAAUUAACAAACUGACCAGGAAGAGAUGCAGCGUUUGUUGACGUUCUGAUUCCUGUUCUGUGGAAUAGAAUCUGAAAUACUGAUCAUGGCAACACAUUUUGGGUAGAGAUGCAGAGCCUGGAAGUGGAUUAAGUCCUUGUGUUGUUGUCAGCAGUCUGACAUUGGCAGUGCUUCCGUAGUGUGAUCUUUCUAUCAAGAUAUUAUCUUUUUUUCUUUUCUUAAUCCUGAUAGCUAUAGAAUGUUUUUGAUUAGUUCUUUUAACAAAGGAUAUGCAGACUUUUUCUUAGAUAUGCAGUCAAUGCUACAUGUCCAUGCAUACUUAAAGUAAUACCAAAAGACAAUAAAUGAUUUGGGACAAUAUGCUUGUAGGUAAUAAACCUGAUGUUUUAGGACAUACAGUAUUUGAAAUGGUAAUGAGGAAGAACCCUUGAGAGAUGUUUACAGUCUUUUAAAGAUAUUUUACUCUUAUUACUGCCUUAUUUCUUUGUACUCCAUAUUCAUUUCAAACUUGUAUCAUUCUGGCAGCUUUAAUUGUAAUUUUUUUCAUCUACUCAAUUUCUUCAAUGUGUUGUAGUUCUAACAACUCCUUAGCAAGUGAACCGCUAUAGCAUUUUGCAACAGAGCAUUGUUUCUUUUAGAAAAAUUCUCUGAAUUAGAGAUUAAAGGUGUUAAUGAUUAGAGUAUUUAUCUUCAUGAAGAUUUGUAACAUUCAAGCACAUUAAAUAUUUCAUAACAUAAUGCUACAUUGUGUUUAUAGAUUAACUAUGUCUGACCGAUGUUUAAUGAGGUACCUCUAAGAUGGUUCUGUAUUAUGGACAUCCUCUGCAGCUCAUUUGGUUGUAAUACAUUAGAACCACAGCGAUUUGUAAAAUAUUUGUUGUAUAAUUAAUAAAAAUGCAUUUCUCAUUUUUCAUUUUUAUUUUAUGGAUAAACUGUAUCUUCAUAUAGUUAAUGGGCAGCAAUUUAAUUUUAAUGUUUUUGUUUUGUGUUUGCUAAAAUCUGCUAUUCUUUUGUUCAAUAAUGCACUGAAAAACAAAUGCAUACAGCCAAUAUGUCAAAUCUGUCCCUUUGCUGUGAACUAACCAAUGACUUCCCUGUGUGGACAAGAUGUUCCUUUUAUCCACAAAGGUUUUUUCUUUAGUACCCAAAUGUUGAAAUAGGUGUACUGAAACACUCAAAUGUGGCAUUUGACAAUACUGGAUUUUGUCUUUAGACUUGAGCCAAUCAUAUGUGAGCAACUGUUUGUUGUAUGUAUAUAUAGGAAAAACUCAAUUUCUCUCAAAUAUUUUUGCAAUAAUCUUUUUUGAUUGAUUUGUGGAAUCCUCGUCAUAUUUUUCAGCUUUUAAUUAUUCUUCCGGACCUUUAUUCACAAAUGGUCUGAUGAAUAGGACCGCUAGUAUAGGAUUUUGUUUGGGUAGGCAUAAUGAAUACGAUCCCAGAUCAGCACUACUAUAAGACGCUUUGUGAAUAUAGGCCCUGGGGUUCAUUGAGCCUUGACUUCUUCAUGCUACUUCCUGUGGUCUGGAAUAAUAUGCAGUGUAUCAUCAGUGCUUUCAGAAUGUUUUUUGGAAAUACCCCAUGUCUCCUCUCCUCCCCAUUGACUUUGCUGGCUGUCUGUCUGUCUGUCCAACCUGGGGGAAAGUUGUUCUGGUAUAUACAGUAACAUAAAAUGCAGGGGAAAGUGAUGUGUAUCUGCUGUUUCUUUCUCAUGUCGGAUUAGAUUGAAAUUGAUAUAUUACUACUUUUGUAAAUGACCUAUGAAUAUGUAGACUGAUAAAAAAAAUUGCUGUAUAUUUGGCAGAUUAUUAUUACUAAUAAAAUGUAUUCCCAAUGAACGUCUGUUUCUUUCACAU